AUGGCAACAGCAAAAUCUCAAGGAGUUACGAGUUCAAUUAGUAGCUCUAAUACAGCAACUGGAAGGAUUAAAGAAGAUGUUCCUACUCUCAAAAAUAAAGUCGCCGAACUUGAACGUCAAGUUGCUGAUUAUAAAAUAAAAUUGGAUGAAUUACGUCGUGCUAAAGCUACAACUGUAGUUAAACUAGAAAAAGAAUAUGUUAAUACAAGUAUUCCUGGAUUAAAUCGUCCUGAAAAGACAAAAUCAUGUGAAAAAUGUGAAGAACUAGAAAAAAUGUUGGAUAAUGAAAGAAAAUCAAGUGCACAAUUAAAACGAUUAAUUGAACAAAAAGAAAAUAGCAAACAACAACAAUCAUCAUCAACUAAUUCUGGUCCAUGUACAAAAUGUUCCGAUUUUAAAAAAUUAUUAGAUAUUGAAAAACAAAAUAAUCAACAAUUAAACGAACAACUCAAACUUGAAAAACAACAUACACAAGAAGAGAGAAAUGCCAAAGAGGAAUUUGAGCGAGCAUUAGACAUGGCACAAUCGGAUUUAAUUGAAAUAAAAAGUGUAUGUGAAGCAUUACGUGUUGAAAAUCAAGAUUAUCAAAAAGCAUUUGAUGCUAUGAAACAAGAACAUGCAGAAAAAAUGGCUGAUUUAUGUAAUCGAGAAGAAGAAGCAAAAAAACAAGUUGCUACUUGGGAACAAAUGUAUCGAGAAUGGAUGGCAACUAUGGAACGAAGAGUCAAUAAUUUACAAGUUACUAAUGAAGAGCUUCAUACAUGGUUGCAUGAUGAUAAUGAAAUAAGUCCACAGCGACGAACAGGUGGUGGUGGUGGAAUAUCAUAUCCAUUACGUGAAUAUAUAUCAUCAAAAAAAGAUGAUGAUUAUCAUCAAACUGUUUCUUCAUUAAAUUAUUCAUCAACUAAAAUAAAUAAUUAUUCUGAAAAUAAUUAUUGUAAUCGAUUUAUUUAUUUUGUGAUUUUUGCUAUUCUAUUAUUUAUUUUCUCUAUACUUUAUUCAUAUUAUUCAUAUAUUGAUCCAACUUGUUUUAAUAAAGAAUGUACAGAUUUUGUGUGCAAAGCUUAUUCAGAAGGUUUCAUCGGUGGUCAAUUAUGUCCUGAUUUAUGUACAACAAAAAGUGUUCAAUUACAAAAUUGUUUAGGUGAACAUAAACAGUUUGAAUCAAGAUUAUUUGAUGAUGAUGAAGGAAAUCAAGUUAUUCGUUGUUAUUUAAAACAUCCAUUAAGUAAAUCAAAUCCAACAGGUGAUCUUAAACAACAUUUUAAUUUUCCUGAAGAUGAAUCAACACUUGAAACACUUUAUAUUGCACUUGAACGACAUAUUCAAAAAACAAUCAAAUUGGAUAAUCCAGAUAAUUUAAUUGAAGAUUUAAUUAAAUUUGCUGAUUUUAAUAAAGAUAAUAAAAUAAGUUUAACUGAAGCACGUAGUCUUUGGUCACUUGUACAAAUAGAUGAAUUUCUUUAUACAAUAUUAUUAUCAGAUAAAAUUUAUAUACCAAAAAUUCGUGGAACAUGUGGACAUAUAUAUGCUAUUGAAAAAGUUAUUUAUCCACAUUUACCUUUUGAUAAUAAACAAGAAUUAUUUUUAUCAUCUGAACGACCUAAUUGGUUUCAACGAACACGAUUAGCUAUUGGAAUAAUUGAAUUUUUUAGUGAUACAUGGCAUUAUCAAGAUACUGAUCAACAUUUAUAUUUAUGUCAACCAUUAAUUAAAGCAUUUGGUUAUGAUAAAGAUUAUGAAGCUAAAAUGUUAAAAUUAAAUCAUUUAAUAUCAUCAAGAUCAAUAUUAUCUCGUCUUCCAAAUCGUUGUAAAGACAAUCGAGAUUGUUUAUAUGAUUCUUAUUGUUAUGCAUCAUGUAAUAUAUCAACAAAUAGUUGUCAAAUGAAACAAUUUAAUAAAGGUUCUUUAAAUGACUUAUGUGCAUUAAUAUCAUCAUUGAUUAAACCUGAUGCUAAUUCAACAUUUAUUGAAGAUUUUAAUUCACUUAUUCAACAAUGUCAACAAUUAAUUAAUGAUCAAAAUAUAUUUGCUAAUAAUCAUAUUGAUUUAAUAUCAUUACAAAUUCGACAAUCACUUAUUUUACAAAAUUUAAAAAAUCUUCUUUGGACAAAUAUUGAAUAUCAAAUGAAUAAAAUAACGAAAAAAUCAACGAAAAAACCGGCAUCAUCACCUACUCAUUCAAUUAAAUAA